AUGCUCACCUUGUUUCUCCCCUGCAGUGUGACGUCCUCUGAGAAGGCGGACAAGGCCCAACGCUAUGCAGACUUCACCCUGCUCUCUGUGCCUUACCCAGGGUGUGAGUUUUUUAAGGACUACAAAGACAGAGACUACACAGCGGAGGGUCUGGUGUUCAACUGGAAUCAGGACUAUGUGGACGCUCCUUUGACAAUCCCACUGGGCUUUACUCAGAACUUGAACAUCGACUGGACUCGAUACCAGUCGUGGGACCUGGUGGAGCAGACCCAGAACUACCUGAAGAUGCUGCUCCACAUCAUCAACAGUGACGAUGAGAGCGGCCUCCUGGUGCACUGCAUAUCAGGCUGGGACCGGACCCCUCUGUUUGUGUCCCUGCUCAGGCUCUCCCUGUGGGCAGACGGCGCGGUGCACGCCAGCCUGCAGCCGGCAGAGAUCCUGUAUCUGACCAUCGCUUACGACUGGUUCCUCUUCGGUCAUAUGCUGCCAGAUCGACUCUCCAAAGGGGAGGAGAUUUUCUUCUUUUGCUUCAAUUUUUUGAAGCACAUUGUCUCCGAGAAGUUCUCAACUGUUAAGAAACAGAGAAGGAAGAACUCUCACUUCAAAGACAGUGAUUUCACUGUGGAAGAUCUCGGCCAGUUAAAGCCGAGGGACCGCGGCAGUGUGACCAGUCUAAGCAGUGACUUCUCCCUCAUCACUGAGGAGGGGGGCGGAGCCUCCAGCCUCAACCCCGACCCCAUGGACCUGUUCUCCAGCCAGCCCCAGGCCUCCAGCUGGAGAAAAGGCCCCACCUCCUCCCCUCAGAUGGUGGUUUGGAAUAAACCCACCCCUCCUGACGAGCAUCUCUCCCAUCCUCUCAGUGAGGCCAGGUCUUCCAGCUCCUCCUCCUCCAACCAAUCAGAACACGCCGUCACACGCACUGGCAGCAGCCCACUGGCUGUCCCUGGAAGAAGGUUGGCCGCAGACUACCCUCGGUCCGGCUCCUCCCUCUCCACGGAGUACGGCAGUUGGCAGAUCGUUUCUGGUUGUGGCAGCAUCCAUGACCACGCUCACUUCCCCCCCCCUCUGACCUCAGCCUCCUCCACCUCGUCUGCUGUGGCUGCUCCCUACGACUCCCCCCUGCCCUUCAGUUUUCAGGAUGAAGGACCCAGUGGAAGAAUGUGUCCCAUCCCCUCGGAGCGUCAGGCCCGUCUGGAGGCGGUGCGGGAGGUCUUCCUGGCAGCCUACAGCUCCACCGUGGGCCUCAAGUCCUCGGCCCCCAGCCCCUCCACAGCCAUCACCGGCCUGCUGGAGCAGUUUGCCCGGGGGGUGGGCCUCCGGGGCACCAACGCCAUCGUCUGAACCCUCUCAAUGUGACCACCCCGCUUCCAUCCACCCAGCCAGAGCCCGUGCAACACGCCUGGACUCCGUACAAUAAAGUGCCAAACAUCUCUGCUCAUCAGGGGAAGCACUCAUCUUCCUCCUCCUUUUGAUUUCCAGCUUUUCUCUGGACUUGAAUCUUCCAUGUUCACUCGCUUUCAGGGAGGGAAAUAUUUCAGCCACAGUAUCAAAAAGGGAUAUUGGGAAGGCUCUGUAGCUGCUGAAAUGUGAAUGUGUGAGAACAGGGUGUGUGUGUGUCUGUGACAGGCAGGACACACACACGUCUUACUUCCUCUGUUCCGUUCAUACAUGUUUUUUAUGCUUCAGGGUCCCUGCAGCGACCGUCCCAUGUACAGGCAGCGAUAUGUGUUCUCUUGUUUCGUGCUGCUAUUCAUUUCUGAUGCAAGCAGAGAAUGUUGUUUUUUCCAGGUGCGUUUUAAAGAUAAGAUAAAUACAGCACUUAGUGUUCAGACAGAAAUGUGUUUCUGUUUCUUAUUUGGCCCAGGAGAGGAUCUAAAUAUCUAAUCUAUUUACAGCCUAGUGUCUAGAUUUAAAGGUAAAUAUUACAGUCUGUUUUAAUGCAAAACUCACCAGCCAUAUGAACGCUGAAAGAUUUACUGUAAUAAUUCCAUCUGUCCUUCCUGGCAGUGAAGGGUUGGUGCGAGUUGGGGAACUAAAUCUCCCUACGCUGUUCGAUGAUCCCACAAGCACUUUUUUUUAAAAACGUUCUGAAACUUUGAGCCUCAUUGUGCUUCAACUGAAGUACUCGAAGCAGUUUGUACCACGUCUAGGGCUGUUACCAAUGGUCCGACCUGGAGGCAGCCUCUGGACAGACGGGAUGAUAACAGAGGCUCUUCAGCGUGCGUGCUGCACGGGAGGAAGACAGUCUUAUUAAAAUAGGCUCUGAUCCUUUUAAGUAGAUGAGAUAAAAAGAGAAGAUCGUAACCCAAGAAAUUAAGUUGAUCCAAGCUACCGUAUCUCCUCGCAACUGUCUCCAUAUCCUCCUAAAGUCCAUAUUCAUCACUUGUUCUUCUUCAGUAGCACUGACAUGGUAGCACAAGAGGCACUGAGCAUCGUGGUAGCAGAUGUGUGAACCCAAGGCCUUUCAGAGCUCUUUCUCAACAGACUCAGCACAGACCCCUGCCCAGUUGAUAUAUCACAGAGGUUCUUCCAAAACAUGUGCGUCCUCUUCAAGGUCGCACUGGGAAGGACAUUUCUACCUUUUGGUUAGAUGUACACUUUUAAGUAAUUUUCUUAAGAGAAAUCUGUUGAGUUUUCAUUUGAGACGAGCUUGUUGGUUCCGCUGCUGAACCUCAGGACCUUUUUGUUGUGCCUUUUUAUCUUCAGUAACACUGGAUCACACCUCCACUGCUGCUCCAGCUUCGGGUCCUUUUCUCUUUUUAAAUGGCUUUAAGAGCUUGGGGAGUUGACUGCAUUAGCAUUAGCAGCGUUAGCUUUUCAUAAAGCUUUUGGGGUGUCCCGUUGAUUGCUCAUUCUGUCGUUUUGUUUUCAAGUAACAAAUCUGUCGUCUCUGAUGGACACCCCCGAGGUGGUUGGGAUGGGAUUUCGGUCAGUCAGCCCAGGAAUAGUAAGAUUUUCACCUCUGCCUUUGAAAACGACUGUAAGAGAAGCGGAUUUUAUUGAUUUUAGGAAUAAUUGUAGUAGGAAUUAUGGGAAACACCUUUAUUCACUUUAUUUUUAUCGGUGAUGUGAGAUGAUUGACCCCAAUGUCGGUGUUUUAAAUACAGUGCUAAAGCAGGGAUGGAUAUGGUCUAUAUUAGCCUAAAGAUUAGCUUUAAAGUCAAACAAAAUGUGAUAACAACAUCCAUAAACCUCGAUUCCCAUCUACUAUGUAGUCUGUUAAAACGGAGCAUGGGUAAACAAAUCAGUCGGUUUACGGCUUGGGUUCGAGAUAUUUUUCAGAUUAGAGGUGCUCUGCCAGAGGUGAUGUUUUCAGUUUGGUUUGUCUGUGAUCGGGGUACAGAACUACUACCUAAAAGACUUGGUAGGAAGUGUAGCUUGAACCAAAGAGCAAACCAUUAUUGAUCCAACUCAAAGGUUGGAAUCAAAUAUUGUCGUACUUUGUGAGAUAGGCCAGGUCAUUCGCCCUUCCAGUUCCCUUUUUCUAGUCUUAUGCUAAGCUAGGCUAAUCACUUCCUGUCUCUGAGGUCUGUACUUAACACACAGACAUGAAAGUGGAAUCGAUGUUCACAUCUCAAUCUCAUCAUUUUCAAAUGUCCUUUCAACAUGUGGUGUUCUGAUUCUGAACUACAUUCUGCUGAGCUGAUCUGAAGCAAGACAUGUGUAUUUCUGUAUUCUUGGCAUUAAGUGAUUUGAGAGCAUUUGGUUUGUAUGGCCACAUUUAUGAGUUUCUGCAUGGGCUGUCUAAGUGUUUAUUUUGUACAGCUUUACUUGAGACUUUCAGGCGCGGUCUCCUCCCCGGUCUGGUUUUAAGCUUUCUUUUUAAGAUAUCCUUCCUGUAAAGGAGUUUUGAUUCAGUUGAGGUUUCAUAUCGGUUGUUUUUAUUCUGCCAUCCUUUCUACUGUCUGUCUGCAUCACAGUAACAUAGUCAUUUUCAACAUGUUGAACAGUUCUUAUACUUUGUUACUUCAGAUACUCUUUUCACUUACUGGUUUUGCAUGACAUCCUCCGAGUGUAUCUCAACUGCGGAAUAUAAUGUUUUUUAUUUGUUUGACAAAUGACUUAUUUUUUAUUUGAUUUCAGAAUCUCUUUAAAACGCUGCAUUGCACUCGUCCUGAUGUUCUCUCUGUAGAGUUAUCUCUGUACAGUUGAUGCAUUUUUAAAUAACUCUUCCUUUUUGUUUUUGUUAUACAUUUCUCUUAACUGUCGGCCGGCGACAGGCUACAAUAAAAGGUGAACUGAGCAGCAGGUGGCAAUUGUGAAUAAACACCAAAAAAAUGAA